AUGUGGGGCAUCCCUGGGUAUCCAUUGCUGGUGGCCGGUCGAACAUCAAGCUGCCCUUCCAUCGCAGGUGGUGCGUCGGUCCCGCCGCGCCGCGAGAGAUUGGGUGCUUUUGGAUCUCGUGGGGCUUGGCUCAGUGUAGCAGCAGCUGCUACGGAAGUGGUGCGAAGUCGCAGAUCGAGUUCCGAAGUGGCUCUCUGCAGUUUACCGAGGGCCCCUUCCUCUGCAGAGUUGCUGGUGGAUGCAGACAGCGUCAACAUUGAACAGGUCCAGGAGGCUAUCAAAGAACUCCAGCAGGAAGGCUAUGAAGUGUGGACGAGAGUUUUUGCAGCCCCUGGUUUCAAUCUGACCAAGGCCUGGGCUUCCCUUUUCGAAAGGAAGGAGGUGCAGUUCCGGCCGGUGGAAAGAAAUCCCAAGAAUCGUGGGGAGGCCAAUGAUGAGGCCAUUGUCAGAGCUUGUAAGAUUCUAGCAGCAUCCAAGAAGAACAGGUACAUUGUGCUACUGGCAUCAGAUUGCGGAUUCUUGGAUGUCCUGCAAGAAAUUGCAGAAGAAGGGGCAUCGGUUUGCCUGUGCACCUCGGCAAGAAAUCUAGGAGCUAUAAGCCGUUUUCGAAAGUGCGGCGUUCGCGUCAUUGAGUUGGUAUCCCAAACCAGCAGUUUCAGCGCAGUCAGAGCGAUUCUGAAUGCACAUGGAAGUGGACACGUCGAGCUCGCAAAGCCAUUUAAAUAUGACGGCAGUGGCAGUGAAGAUCGAGAGCUGUGUAGCAACUUCUUGCAUGACUUGGGAUACCUGCCUGAAAGCGACACAACGCUGACGCAGAGCACGGCAAAGUUCUGGUUUGCAAACUCAUUGGGAUCGAUCGCCGUAUUUCCACAGCAGCUCGCCACAGAGAAAGUUUGUCGCAUGGUUUCACGCCGGAGACGAUGGCAGAGGUACCGAGAUGACUUGGUACUCUUGCUUCCGCUAGCUGCUACGCCACGGAGACUCUCAACGAAGCAGCAAAAAAUCUAUGGAACCCCGCUGGGCCGGCGGUUGUAUGCGGGAGGUGGCCCAGUGAUGCUCAAAGACUCGAAAAAUCUGGUCCGGCGUGCAUUCACAAAGCUGGGGUAUUUAGACGGCCGUUUGAACACCGACAUGGAGGAAGCGGCUUUGCUUUUUGUCAACGCACCAGACAAUUGCCACAGGCUCCGGAAAGUGCUGGAUUUAUUGCCGUCUGAAGGAGACACGGUUGCAGACGUCAUUGACAAACUACGCUCUGCCCUGAGGUCGAAUUUGACCGAUGCACGCUGGCGAGUUGCACCCAGCGAUAGCUCGAUUCGGCAGCUCCUCUGCAAGCAAGGCUUUCUCUCCAAUGUCAACGCCGUGGCCGAGGACGUCCUCAGGGCGAUGUCCCAGUACAGCUUGCUGCACGGCUUGCCCGCUAUGCGAAGCUACAACGGAUAUGUGUUCCGCAUAUUGCGGUCUCUGGACAAAAGCAUUGGUACCGCGAGACCGAUUGAAAUCGGACGGUAA